AUGCAUAUGCCAACAACUGGCAUUUCCAAGUUUCUUGAUCGACUCCUUCGACCGUUAUUUGAUAAACAUGUUCGCUCAACUACAAUUAUCGAUGGUGUUGAUCUCAUUCGACGACUUCAAGCAUACACUGCAAAUGGAUAUUUGAAGCCAACAACCUAUUUGUGCACAUUUGACAUCACAGAUUUAUAUACAAUGUUACCACAGGAAGAAUCUCUCGAUAUUCUAACUGAAUUUCUUCUAGAACAUGGAUAUACCAAAGUGAAUGCAGUGCCCAUUGACGCCAUUCGGAAAUUAGCUCGUCUCGUUCAUACAGAAAAUGUAUUCUCUUAUGAGAAAAGAUUCUAUCGGCAGGUGGUCGGCGGUGCUAUGGGCUCCGCAUUUACUUUGACUUUAGCCAAUGUUUUCAUGUGGAAAUGGGAAAAACGAUUAGUUCAACAGCAGGUAAAUACAAACGAAAACUAUGGAAGGCAUGUUCAGUAUAUCGAUGAUAUCUUCUUUACUUCGAAUCAACCACUGAACAAAAUCAAUGAAAUGUUAGAUAACGGCAACGAUUUCCAUCCAAAUAUCAAAUUAGUUCGGCAAAUUGGUAAGAAUGUAUCCUUCUUAGAUGUGUUUAUUGCAAAUGAUCAUGGUACAUUGAAAACAUGUGUGUAUCACAAAGAAGCAGCCGAGCCAUACACAGUACCAUUUAAUUCUGAUCAUCCUCAUCAUACCUUCAGAAAUGUCAUUGGCACAGCACUUUUGCGUGCUGUACGCUAUUCAUCUACACUAUCAACUUUUCAAAAAGAACAACGUACAAUCAAACUAAUGCUUCUUUACAUGAACUAUACACCACGGUUUAUCUACAGCAGAUUCCACAGUUUCAUCACCAUCCAUGCCAAAACCUCAAACAUCCAACCAUUCAUACAUGAUGAAAAUGAAUUCAGAGCGAUCCGACAGAAAAUGCUCAACAUUCCAACUAUUCCAGAAUAUCGAAUGACGUCCAGAAUCGAAAGCGAUAAUGUUACUUCUGAUCCUGAAUCAAUGGAAACUAGUGUACUCAAAACGAAAUCCACAAAAUCUUCGAAGUAG